AUGGACAGCGUCCAAGCACUUGUCUUAGGAUCAUGCCAUGCCAUUGAGAUCUCAAAACCCUGGCUUGCCUGGCGGAUGGCUGGUUUCGCCGCUCAACUUUGCCAGACGAUGGGAUGGCAAGACGAUACCAUGGUGUCGGAGGGCGAUGAGAGGAUGAAAAACACCAAAUUUCUCCUAUUCUGGCACGCCUACAUCAUCGAGAGGGCCCUUUCUUUUCGUCUUGGGCGUGCCUCGGUGAUUCGCGAUUGCGAUAUUUCAAUCAGCAGUCGUCUCAGCGGUAACGAUUUCCCUGAGCCGUGGCCUGGCGUGUUUUCAUUCUGGAUCGGACAUGCCAACAUACAAGGAAAGGUGUAUGAGCUUCUUUACAGCAAAGCAGCACUUUCAUGGCCCGAGACCUCCCUGCUGGAACACGCAGAAGACCUUUUGGCUGAGUUGCAGUCUCUUGGGCUGCAGAAUAAAGAGAUUUUCGAGCCAAAUCCAAUUGAUAAGUCUGCACUAACCUCGGGGAAAUUCCUGGCUCUCACCAACAAGGUUACAUACUACUGCGCUGCAACUCUCAUAUCCAGAGCCAAGACUCUGAAGGAUGCCUCUUUUACCUUCUCGCUGGAUUGUAUAGAUUUUGCAAGAAAAACCCUUCAGGCACAUGAAGAAUGCAUGCAGCUCACAGACGAGAACCAUCACUCUAGAUCCAUUUACGUGCAUUGGAGAAUCCUUCAGUUACCCUUCAUUCCUUUCAUUGUUGUGUUUGGCAACAUCGUCAAGACUUGCAAUCCCGACGAUCUGAGCAGGCUGCGCGGCUUUGUCGACUCAUUGCGACCUAUAGCAAAUCUAUCCCCUCCAGCCGAACGGAAUGGGUGGGAGGAAGUUGUUAUGGUUUUGUUAGAUUUUGGCGCUGUUGCUGAUACCCAGAUUGAACGCGGGAGUACAGCGCUUUCAUAUUACCGCGCAAGAAAUGGGUCGUUUUCAAUGGCGAAGACACUUCUAGAUGCGGAAGCGCAUACAGACCUGUCGGAUAGGGGAAAACGCACCCGGCUCUGGUGGGCAGCUCAGGCAGGAGAUCGAGAAGUCGUCAAAGCUCUUCGUGACACUGGCAAAGUGAUUCUGGAUUAA